AGGAACCAAUGUUCGGCCCGGCGGACUUGUUUCUCGGACGGACACUAACACGGAAUUAGCGGCCAGCAGCGACUAACAACCGCCGUUAUAAUCCCUUCAGAGCCAGGUCGUCGUUCAGUAGCAUGCAAAAUAUGUUAACCAUUAUCUCUAACGCACUUUGUAGGAUCACUGGCAGGAAUGUGGGAGCCCAAACAGUGUCGGAGUUGCUGAUUGACCUGUCAGAAUACGCCAAUCUAACGUCACCAGCGACGCCGGCCUCGGCAAAGACCCAGCGGCAACCGCCUAAACCACCGCCAGUCAGUGCUAGAGCGUCUGCUGCAGAGUUAGUUAGCGUCCAGGCUGACCAGCUAGAGAGACCAGGUGCCAGAGUCGUGGUUUCCCGCUCUUUCGCUGAUUUCACCCCUCAGGCGACCUUUGACAUAAAGAAAUGCGACUUGCACCGUCUGGAGGAGGGUCCUCCGUUGAAGGCGGAGCUGACUCGGGAGCAGGGCCUGCAGUAUUACCGCAUCAUGCAGACCGUGAGGCGCAUGGAGCUCAAAGCUGACCAGCUCUACAAACAGAAGAUCAUCAGAGGCUUCUGUCACCUGUAUGAUGGACAGGAAGCAUGUGCAGCAGGCAUCGAGGCUGCCAUCAACUCCUCGGAUCAUCUGAUCACGGCCUAUCGCGCCCACGGAUACACGUACACCCGCGGUGUGCCCGUCAGAGAGAUCCUGGCCGAGCUCACGGGUCGUAAAGGUGGCGUGGCCAAAGGCAAGGGAGGUUCAAUGCACAUGUACGCUCCAAAUUUCUACGGAGGCAACGGCAUAGUGGGAGCACAGGUUCCUCUGGGAGCUGGCAUCGCUCUGGCCUGCCAGUACCAAGGCAACAAUCAGGUGUGUGUCUCACUCUACGGAGACGGGGCAGCCAAUCAGGGCCAGCUCUUUGAGUCGUUCAACAUGGCCGCCCUGUGGAAGCUGCCGUGUAUCUUCAUCUGCGAGAACAACAAGUACGGUAUGGGGACGUCGGUGGAGAGAGCGUCAGCCAGCACCGACUACUACAAGAGAGGAGACUUCAUACCAGGAAUCAGAGUGGACGGGAUGGAUGUCCUGUGCGUCAGAGAGGCCACAAAGUUUGCAGCAGACCACUGCAGAUCUGGAAAGGGUCCAAUUAUAAUGGAGCUGCAGACCUACCGUUACCAUGGACACAGCAUGAGUGACCCAGGUGUCAGCUACCGCACUCGUGAGGAGAUUCAGGAAGUGCGCAGUAAGAGUGACCCCAUCACCAUGCUGAAAGAGCGCAUGCUCAGCAACAACAUGGCGUCUGUAGAGGAGUUCAAGGAAAUCGAUAUUGCGAUCCGUAAGGAGGUGGAGGACGCGGCUCAGUUUGCAACAUCCGAUCCGGAGCCGCCGCUGGAGGAGCUGUGCAACCACAUCUUCAGCAACGACGCACCGCUGGAGGUCCGCGGGACGCACCCCUGGUCCAAACUCAAGUCCGUCAGCUAGACUCGCACCUCACACACACACACACACGCACUCCAAAUAUACACACCCACCUUCUGACCUUCAUCAAGUUCACCCAGCAAUAAACGAGGCCCCUUCGACUGCACAGACACCCUGACUUUUAAAAGAAAUAACAUGCCGCAUCUCCUUCCUCGAUUUUUAGAUCAUUCCGCACCUUAAUGGGACUCAGCGUUGACCCGAAACCUAUCAGUGUUAUUUAUUUAUAGAUUUUUAUAGUCAGAUUUAUUCUUUGUCUGUAUGUUUGUUCUGCCGUACCUCUGACCAGUCGAUCGGUGUUGUACUCUCACGAGCCACUGUGUGCUGUUGCCCAAGAUGUUUGAAAAUUUGUGUGAUUUGUGGUGUAUGAGAUUGUUGCUGUGUGCACUUUACAUGUGGCUUUACAGGUUUUAAAAUAUUGCAGCGCUGCGCAAUGUACGCACAAACCUUCCCUGUUUCCCUUUUUUAGCUGUUUUCCAGCUUUUAAAUGUAAAGGCAAAAUUGGGAUUCCUCUUUAAGAAACUGUCUGAAACUCUUCCCUCCAAGAAACCAGCAACGACAUUGAAAAAGCAAUCAUGAAUAUUAUAUAAAAUAUUGGAUUGUAAUGUCGCUCUUCCUUUAUCGUAACCAAUCACUUGUUGAAACUUGACUUUUCAGAGCUCUUUAGUUUAAACAGUUACGCGACAGCAGGAAAGGAUUCAGUAUGUUCUGGAAAUACACUUCAGGGCACGAUGAGCAACAUGAGGUGGAAAGUAACUGAGUACAGUUAUGAGGUACUUGUACCUUAUUUGAGUAAUUCUAUUUUGUGACUUUAUACUUCACUACAAUUCAGAGGGAAAUAUUUUACUUUUUACUUGACUGCAUUUAUUUGAUGAAUUUAGUUACUCUUUACUUUACAGAUUAUUAAUACAAAAUAUUAUCAACAAAUAAAAUUAUAUAGAUUAAGGUACCCAACAGUAUAUAAAGUAAGGAAAAUUAGCCCCACCUUUACCAGCGGCAACAUUAAAGCGAUACGUACAUUAAUCUAUCAGUAAUUAUAAUUGCCGUUCUGCAUAAUGAGUACUUUUAGUAAAAGUAAAAGUUUGAGUGCAGGACUAACAGUGUUUCUACACUGUGGCAUUGCUGCUUUUAUGUUUUUGAUCUGAGUACUUACUCCACCACUGGUUUGAAGGUAUGUGUUUGUAUUUAGAGUUGUAGGAAUUGACCAUAUAAGUAAAGAUGGCUGUUGAUCGGUGCUGCCAGGAAAUAUUUUAACACUGAAUUAAACUUAAAUAUUUUACAUUCAGCAAAGGUUUUAUCCAGAGUGAUUUACAGGAAACUACUGACCAUCCCAACAUUUACAGCGACACUGGAGUACUUGAACUUUCCAAAUAAUCUCUACCUACCUGACUGAGCAAGGAGACGGAACAUGUAAACGUACGGUUCUAGUUGGAUGAUUUUUAAAAAGUUGGAGGGAACCGUUCUCCUUCUCUGCUGGUAGAUGGUGCACUACUUUAUUUAAAUUUUUCCUGGACACAUUUUUGUCUGUGUUUUGGAGAAUUAUGUGACUGCUACGGGGCAAAGAUGCGCUUACAAUGUGGAGCUAGUAUCUGUUGUCAAAUUUACGCUUAUGGGAGAGACUGAGUGGGGAAAACAGCAGCAGUUUCACGUAUUCCUCUGUUCUUCACAGGAAAGUUUACUAUUACUGGACCUGAGCUUGUACAGAUAUAAAGCUUUACUUGAUUAUUUAUGCGUGUAUUGAACUGAGACUGUUUGGCUGUAAAAUAAAUGCAUACGGGAAGAUAAA